AUGGCAAAUGUGGAUUUUGUGCCCUUUCUGGCCAUGGUGACCGUGCAAGUGGGUUAUGCAGGAAUGAUGAUCACAUCGAAGCUGGCCAUGGACAGUGGGAUGAAUCCUUUCGUGCUCGUCACCUAUCGCCAGGUCUUCGCCACCCUUGCCACCAUCCCUUUUGCUCUUCUCCUGGAGAGGAAGACAAGACCCAGAAUCACAGUCCCGAUUCUGCUCCAUAUCUUUCUAUGUUCUAUCACCGGGGCGUUCAUGAACCAAGUUUUCUAUUUCGUCGGCCUGAACAAUUCCACGCCCACGAUUGCGUGCGCAAUGGGCAAUAUCCUCCCAGCCAUGACAUUCCUGUUUGCACUGAUCUUCAGACAAGAAUCGUUUGGAAUCAAAUCAAAGGCAGGGCAGGCGAAAGUGAUCGGGACACUCGUUUGCGUGGGCGGAGCGAUGCUACUUUCUUUUUACCAUGGACCCUACAUCGGAAUUGGUGACUCGAGGAUUCAUUGGACGUAUGCAAAUAAAAUGACGGACAAACACCCCACCAACAAAGGCAACUUCUUGUUGGGACCUUUCCUUCUCUUAUCGAUUUCCGCUGCCUGGGCGCUAUGGUUCAUCAUCCAAGCGAAACUGAGUAGAAAGUUUCCAGCUCCUUACACUACCACAACAUUAAUGAGUCUCAUGGCCAGCAUCGAGUGUGCAGUCACUGGUGCAGCUAUCGAACAUCGUGUCACUGCAUGGUCAUUGAGUUCUGGAAUCCGGUUGAUCUCGGCUAUUUAUGCGGGUUGCAUAUGUUCAGCACUGGCAUUUUGUGUUAUGUCCUGGUGCAUCGAAAGAAAGGGUCCUCUUUACACCGCGGUCUUCAACCCUUUAUUGUUAGUAAUUACGGCCAUCCUGAGCUGGGCACUUCUUCAAGAGAAAUUGACAGUCGGAAUAUUGGUGGGGUCAACAUUGAUCAUUGCUGGGCUCUACUGUGUUCUAUGGGGAAAGGAUAAGGAGGCAAAAGCAAAGAUUGCUGAGGAGAUGGAAGCAGCAGUGAUGUGUAGAGAGAGAGAAGACUUGGAGUUGCAGCUUCCGUCACACAGAAAUGGCAGCAACGUUCAUCAUGAUCCCAAUUGA